GCUCUUGUCAAUAAUAUUUGGACAAGAUUUAAUGGAUACAUGUUAGAUAAUGGUAAUAAAUGCAAAACAUUCAUUUGUAGACUUUUAAAGCCUAAGGAAUCAAGCAGAAGAAAAGAAAACCUUACUCCCGAAAAGCUUCGUAUAAUCUGA